UCCUACAUAACUCCAAGUUAUUUCUAAGAACUAAAAGAGGCGGGAUUAAGCGCCUGUGCCUAGAAAGCCAAACCCAGGGCAACAAACUCCCACUGCCAUGAAUGAACGUUAGCUAACAAUUAUGGUAGCAGCUAGCUAGCGAGGGCUAACUGUCAACCAAAGGGGAAUAAAACUGUGUUAUGAGAAGAUUUUAACGUCGCGGGACGACAUGCUGUGACUGAGCGGUGUCCUCCAGUUGCGGCAACAUGUUGCCCUCAACCAGCUCCUUGGUCAGGUCCGCUGUCAAGCUGCUGCCGCGGCGGCAAUGGAGUCGAGGACGCAUCUGGUGCUUGUGCAGAAACAUUUCUGUGAAACCAGGAGGUUUGAAACCAAAGACGGUUCCGCAGCGGUACCUGGGCCAGCCGAGCCCUUUCACUCAUCCACACCUCAUCAAACACGGUGAGGUGACUCCAGGCUUGAGCCAGACAGAAUACGAGCUCCGCAGACACCGGCUGGCCUCUCUUAUUGAGGCCCAGGCAGACAAACUGGGACCCUCCGCCUCCUCCAGCGCCCACGUGGUCAUCGUUUUGUCCCAUCCGACCCGCUACAUGACCAAUGACAUCCCGUAUCCCUUCCACCAGAACCAGGAUUUCCUCUACCUCAGUGGCAUCCUCGAGCCGGACAGUGCCUUAGUUCUUUAUGGGAAAGGGCGACCAGAUCAGGCCAUCUUGUUCGUCCCCCGCAGAGACCCGGGGAGAGAGCUGUGGGACGGGCCGCGGUCAGGGAAGGAUGGGGCAGCUGCUUUGACCGGCAUAGAGAGAGUUCACAGCACUGAGGAACUGGGUCUUGUGCUCAAGACCCUUAAAGGAACUCUGCUUUGGUACGAUAGUUCUCAGCCUUCCCACCCUCGGCUCCACCAGGCUUACGUGUCUCCGCUGCUGGAGGCGGGGCCGACGCCGCGCUCUCUCAGGCCCCUCAUACACUCUCUCAGGGCCCUCAAGAGCUCAGCAGAGGUGGCGCUCAUGCAAGAAGCGGGUCGCAUCACAGCACAGGCUUUCAGGAGGACGAUGGCUCUGUCUCAAGGAGACGUGGAUGAAGCUGUGCUCUUCGCUAAGUUUGAUUUUGAGAAUCGGAUCCAUGGCGCCAACUUCCUGGCCUAUCCCCCUGUGGUCGCUGGAGGGAAUCGAGCCAAUACUCUUCACUACAUAAACAACAACCAGAUUAUAAAGGAUGGUGAGAUGGUGCUGCUCGAUGGCGGUUGCGAAUACUUCGGUUAUGUCAGUGACAUCACUCGAACGUGGCCGGUGAAUGGAAAGUUCAGCCCCGCCCAGGCCGAGCUGUACGAGGCCGUCCUGGAGGUCCAGCGCUCCUGUUUGUCUCUGUGUUCACCGGGCGUCAGUCUAGAUCACAUCUACAGUACCAUGCUGGCUCUGCUGGGACGACAGCUCAGGCAGCUCGGGAUCGUCAAGGCCAGUACCGGUGACGCUGAUGUACUAAAGGCUGCUCGGCGGUACUGCCCCCACCACGUCGGUCAUUACCUGGGCAUGGACGUCCACGACACUCCCGAGCUUUCCCGCUCACAGCCUCUACAGCCGGGAAUGGCCAUCACUAUAGAACCGGGUUUGUACAUCUCCGAGGACAACGACCAGGCGCCAAAGCGUUUCCGCGGCCUGGGCGUCAGGAUCGAGGACGAUGUGGUGAUCCAAGACAUGGGAGGCCCUUUGAUUCUGUCCUCUGACGCGCCAAAGACCAUCGCUGAUGUAGAACAGGCCUGUGCCCAGAGGUAGGACAGGGAGAGACGGACAGAGGGUCCAUGGUGAUGACAUCAUCAGGCUCAGGGCCCAGGUACAUGAAAAAGGUGGAAGUGCACUGCAAGACUGUGGUUUUAGUGCCAUAGAUUUUGUGGACUGCAGAAAGUCUGAACAUGUUUCCGUUCAGGAGUUAAAGUGUAGGUUUGUAACUACACAUACAGCAGUUACAGAGACACUGCAUGGAAUCAUAUACAAAUAAUCACGUAUAAUAAAUUUAUCUCGUGAUGUGACGGAGCGAUCAGCAGGUGAAAUCCAGGGAACCUCAGUUAACCUCUAGCAUCAAAUAUGUAUUCAGUUUAAGUAGUGGGGCAGAUGGGCAAACCAACUGUGCAUUUUAUGACUAAAGCAUGAAAGUUUCACAUUAUAAUCUACACACCCCAAGGUUUUAUUUCAGACAUGGAGGCAAUUUAUAUCUGACCUCUGGUGACCUUAAGAGGUCACUGACCUCAGCUUUGCAUUUUCCCAGUUUCUGCCCCGUCACUCUCCGUUAUAAUCAUGUUUAUCUUUGCCAAAAUUGCAUUUUUGUUCUGAUAAAGAUGCUUAUUUGCUGCUGUGACCGUGUAACAUCAUUUUGCUUAGGGCACCAGUUUUGCAGGGACACCCCCCCCCCCCUCCAUUUCCUGGUGUUAAUGUAGCUAUAGCUUGUUAAAAACAUUCACAACUUCUGCUGUGUGAUCUAUGGGAUUACAUUACUAGCUAACACAUUAGCAAACACUCUCAUCAGAAGCUAGCAUGCUAGUUUGGUCUGAACCACACUCAUUAGUCCAUGUGGCUCUUGUCACGUCUGAAAUGUCUCCACGUCUGAAAAUAAACUUCCUGGUUUAUAGAAACACUGCAGGAAGUUUCAUGCGUUAGUCACAAAAUGCUCAAUGAGCUUCCAUUGUCAAGCUCAUCUGCUGCACUUAAGAUCCAAUGCUUGGAUCCAGAAACCAUGGAAGCAUUUUCAUUCGUAAAAACCUACAGUAUUUGCUCCACACCAUGUUUUUCAGAACAGCCGCCAUCAUGAUACGCCGGCUGAUAAAUGUUCCUUUGUUGUGUCACUCAAAAAACUUCUGAAGCCUAUGUGCACACACCUCAUUUGUCUAUUACACACAGAAAUGCAUCGUUAUCCCCCAGUUCAUGCUACAGUACAAAAGAUGAAAACAGCAGAUGUUGAUGUUGCGCUCGCCUCGCUGUGGGAUGGUCAGGAAGGACCAGAGGAUGUCAAAUCAACAGACUAACAUAUUUAAAGACACAAGUGAUGAUGAAUAAAGAGGAACCUGUACACCACAGCUGCUCCUGAUGAACCUGCGAUGAUUAUAAUUACUACACCAAUCCACUGAAAUGUGAAAAAGUAUAUACUGUCCGUGUGUGUGUGUGUGUGUGUGUGUGUGGGUGGGGAAUUUUGUCUUUUAAGGAAAAUGGCGUUUAUAUGUAUUAAAAAGAUCUUGUUAUUCUUUCUUUCAUAACUGAUCAAUUUUGUUGGUUUGACUCAAGUUACUUAAGACGAACAACACGAUGUAAAAAAUGAUGAUAGCAGUGAAUUAGGCUACAAACCAUGACACCUCAGGGUCACAUGGUCACAUCGGCAAAGGACAUACCAGUAAAACAGCAUAGAAUAUAUAAAUAAAUAGAAAGAAGAGAAGGGAAGAAGGAGAUCUU